UAUUUUAGUUGUAUUUAGUGUUUAACAGUUUUUGUUUUGUUUUUUUUUUUUUUUUUUGUUUGUUUUGGUCACCAUGUCAGACUCGGAGGAGGGUGCCUGGAUACCCUGGUUCUGCAAGCAGCGCGGAAACGAGUUUUUCUGCGAGGUGGACGAGGACUAUAUACACGACAAGUUCAAUCUGAAUUUCCUCGACUCGAACGUGAGCAACUAUCGUCGCUCGCUGGAGGUGAUACUCGAUCUGGAGCCAGAGUCCGGAUCGGAUCCACCGCCCGAGGCUGAGCUGGAGCAGUGCGCCCAGAAGCUAUACGGCCUGAUACACGCUCGCUUCAUACUGACCAAUCGUGGCAUUGAUCUGAUGCUGGAGAAGUAUCAGAAGAGUGAAUUUGGCAUCUGUCCGCGUGUCUUCUGCCAGCGUCAGCCGGUGCUGCCCAUUGGCCUGAGCGAUAAUCCUGGCGAGGAUUUGGUGCGCAUCUUCUGUCCCAAAUGCAAUGAUGUCUAUGCGCCCAGGUCGACACGGCACGCGGCCAUCGAUGGCGCCUUUUUCGGCACCGGCUUCCCGCAAAUGCUAUUCAUGGUCAAGCCAGAGAUGCGACCGAAGCGCACCAAGCAAAAGUUUGUGCCCAGAUUAUAUGGUUUCAAGAUCCAUCAAAUGGCGCUUCGAUCGCUGAGCGAGAACAUUGCCGCCAGCAAGGAUCAGCAGCCAGGUGAAGGGGAUAGCAACUGAGCAACUAAGUGCUUCGAUUGUCUGACAACAUUUUGAGCCCAUGACCAAAUUGCUUGUACCUUGCCAACAACAACAACAACAACAGGUGAUUGUCUUUUUUUUUCUGUUUUAAUGUUUUCUAAGCUUGUCUUCGUGUUUCUGUUGCCCUUUUGAAAGAA